AGAGAGGUUCGAGAGCUCAAUGGACAAACACAGGGUCCUCAUGUGCCAGUGAAGGCUGUUUCUCUGGCAAGUUUUUUCAUCUCCACAGGAUUCUUUAAGUUUAUGAUAGAGGUUGAUGCUGCUGCUGCUUUUUGUUGAUCUUUUAUCCAGAACAAGUUCUACUUUUUCUCUUUUACCAUCUCCAAAGUUUGCACGGUCUCUGUGUUUCAGAGGAGAAGCAGUUUGUGGAGAAGAUUCAAGAUUCCUCUAACUGUCCUGCUGGCUACAUCCUGUUCAAACAUAUCUCUCCUUCCUCUACCCGGCUCUGUCUUUCCAAGUUGCCUGCUCCGAUUCCUUCUUGCUCAACAUGCAUUUAUUUGCAUUUUAGUCCACUAAUAUAUACACACACCUCCGCUCAUUGUAGCCCCCGGGCAACCUCAUUUAGCCAAAUUUGUCUUGCAUGAACACUGUACUGUUUCUUUGCUGUUCCACUGAUGGGCACCUUACCAGACAACAGUGCCACAUUCCCUUCACUGUCACUGAGAACCUCUCUCAAUCCCUAACUGCCUAGCCAACACUAACAUUAACACAUGCACAAGAAGACAAAAGACAUGAUGAUGACAAGCAUGCUGACGAGGGAGAAUGGGGAGAAUGGGGGAGAAAGGGAAAAGGAGAGAGAGGAGGUGGAGGGGGAGGAGGAAGGGACGCAGCAGGAAAAUGGUAAACUGACUCUGGCUGAUGGUCUCGUAGACGGAAAACCCAAGGACCUGACUUCCAGCUCUGGACAGCAUGUGUCCAAUGGCUUCGGCACUCCUCAAAGUCCCAAAGAUGGACCAGGGACUGCAGCAUGCUCUGGAGGUACAGCCUCUGGGCCCGGAGAGGCCACCGGGUCCUCUGUGCCGCAGGGAGGCUUUCGGACUCUGGUUGUCCAACAAACAAGUUUGGAGAGACCCAGAGAAACCUGGAGCAAAAAGAUGGACUUCUUGCUCUCUGUGAUUGGCUAUGCGGUGGAUCUGGGAAAUGUCUGGCGCUUUCCUUACAUCUGCUACCAAAAUGGAGGAGGUGCCUUUUUGCUGCCCUACCUGUUGAUGGCAGUGUUUGGAGGUGUCCCUCUCUUCUACAUGGAGCUUGCUCUAGGCCAGUUCCACCGCAGUGGCUGCAUCUCCAUUUGGAAACACAUCUGUCCUAUCUUCAAAGGUAUUGGCUUUGCCAUCUGCAUCAUAGCCCUCUACAUAGCCUUCUACUACAACACCAUCAUGGCCUGGGCCUUGUACUACUUACUAUCAUCCUUCCGGCCCACCCUACCCUGGACCACUUGUACCAACAGCUGGAACACGGAAAACUGUAACCGCUACAUGUCCACCGACCACAAUGUGUCUUGGUCCAACUCCUCCACCUCCCCCGCGGAGGAGUUCUAUACUCGUCAGGUGUUACAGGUCCAUCGCUCCCCAGGUCUGCACCAACUGGGCUCUGUAAGCUGGCAGCUGGCCCUCUGCUUGCUCUUCAUCUUCACCAUUGUCUACUUCAGCAUCUGGAAAGGAGUCAAGACGUCUGGAAAGGUGGUUUGGGUGACUGCAACCUUUCCCUACCUGGUCCUAGUGGUGUUGCUCAUCCGUGGAGCCACUUUGCCAGGAGCCUGGAGGGGCGUUGUCUUCUAUCUCAAGCCUGAUUGGGAGAAACUGCUCAGCACCACGGUAUGGAUAGAUGCAGCAGCUCAGAUCUUCUUCUCUCUGGGUCCGGGUUUCGGUGUACUCCUUGCCUUCGCCAGCUACAACCCCUUUCAUAACAACUGCUACAAAGACGCUUUGGUCACGAGCUCUGUGAACUGUCUGACUAGCUUCCUGUCUGGCUUUGUUAUAUUUACUGUGCUGGGCUACAUGGCUGAGAUGAGGCAGCAGGAUGUGGAUGCUGUUGCCAAAGAUGCCGGUCCAAGUCUGCUGUUUAUCAUUUAUGCAGAAGCCAUAGCAAACAUGCCAGCUGCAACUUUCUUCUCCAUCAUCUUCUUCCUCAUGAUCAUAAUGUUGGGUCUGGAUAGCACGUUUGCAGGGUUGGAGGGUGUGAUCACGGCUAUGCUGGAUGAGUUCCCUCACGUCCUGGUUAAGAGGCGAGAGUGGUUUGUCUUUGGCCUGGUGUGUGUCUGCUAUCUGGGGGCUCUCUCCACACUCACAUAUGGAGGAGCGUUUGUUGUAAAGCUCUUUGAGGAGUAUGCUACAGGCCCUGCUGUCAUAACCGUGGUUUUGCUAGAAGUCAUUGCCGUCUCUUGGUUUUAUGGUACCAAUCGCUUCUGUAAUGACGUCCACGCCAUGAUCGGUUUCUCCCCGGGUUAUUUCUGGAGAAUCUGCUGGGUGGCCAUCUGCCCCUGCUUUCUCCUGUUCAUCAUCAUCAGUUUCCUGGCCUUCCCUCCAGAGGUCAGGUUGUUCCACUACCACUACCCACCAUGGACCACCGUCCUGGGCUACUGCAUUGGUGUUUCUUCAUUCAUCUGUGUGCCUGCUUAUAUGGUUUUCCACUUGCUAAAUGCCAAGGGUACAUUCAAACAGCGCCUGUUAAAGGGUAUCACUCCAGAGCCCAGCACUGAACAACACAGAAACUUCAUUGUCACCAAUGCAGUUUGACCAAACGCAGACCAACAGAAAGUGCCGUUCAAGCUACAUACAGUGCCCUCCUCUGGAAAAACUGCAACACUACCUAACAAGGGGGCUCCCUUUCACUGUCUCUUUUUAAUGCCUCUUUAAAUCUUUUCCACUUGUUUUUUGCUGUCUCAUACAGGGAUGUAGAAAUAAAGGAGAAGUUAGCUGGGGCCAGGCUACAGCAUUAUUGUAGGAUUUGUUCAGUUUUGUUCUUUUGGCUCCUCUCAGUUCACUGAUGUCACAUUAUUUCAGUAUCGUUAUCAUCCUCUUCAAGUCUUUCUCAUAAACAAUGUAUGCCCAUAAAGACAAACUGGGGAUUCUUCACAUGAAAUCAUUUUGAGAAGGCCAUAUAGUUACACUGUAAUCCCUCUCACACUUAAUGGCUGUAUAUUCAUAUUAUGCUGGUAAUUUAUGCAUUCUUAAAUGUAGCAAAAUUCAGGUAUCCUUUUACAUCUCUUACCAAAACCAAAUAUAAGAUAUCUGUUCUGUUUAUAUUUCAUUAGAUGCGUUAAUAUUACAGUUGUUGAUAUAUUGUGUUCACUGUCAGCCUGUGUUUAUUUGAUGGCAUCUUGAACGAAUGGUGGAUUUGCAAUGAGUUUCUUACACUGUGAAGAACUGUAUGAAAACGACAUGUGUGUUCCUGUAUGUGUGCAUGACAGAAAGACUGUUAUAAUGUCUAGUGUGAAAUUGGUCACAGACAGAUUUGACCAAGUAUUUAGUGUAUUCAUUCCAUAACUGCAAUAUGAGGUGUGUUCAUUUGUAUCACUGCCCCUCAUGAUCAUUUGACAAACCAUGAAAUUGUGCUGAUAUUCCCUGUCCUAUCACAAUGAAAUGCUGCAUCUGUUGUCAGAAGAUAACAGACAGUAAUAGAGACCAAGUGAGGAUCAACAACAUUGAUGGGAUGUAUGAAAUCAGCAGAACUGCUCUUUGCUGUCUACCAAAAGGUGGUGUGUUUGUAUGUGUAUGCAAAUGUGCCUGUGCAAGAAUGUGUGUGUCUGUGUGUUUGUAGGAGCAGGGGUUAAACAUGGCAAGUACUGUACAUCUACAUGUGUAUUGACUAGUCAGUCUGGUAUUGGUGUAAUAUAUCUUGUGAAUACCUGUCUCUUCUCUCCAUCGAUGUGUGAAUGUGUUUGCGUUUAGCUCUUGUGCAGGCUUGAGGGUGAACCUUGAUAAGUGUGCACACACGAGUGAUGGUCCAAAAAAGGAUUAGAGGUGUUCAGCCCCUUUUAUGUGUGCAUGCUGUGGCAGGUGUAAACUGUACCUCAAAUGUGUGUCUGUCUGUGUGUAUGGGUGUGUGUAUGUGUGUGUGUAUGGGUGUUAAAUGUGAUCUUCUGUUGUCUUGUUAACUGCCAAAAUAUAUCAUGAAGGAUGUAAACUUCUUCUUGCCUCUUUCUCUCUCUUGCACCUCUCAGCUUAUGUAAGAUCUAUGUACCUCUGUAAAAGAAUGUAUUGAGAAAUACACCUGUAUAGAAUACAGAUAAACAAAUAUAUUGAAAAUGACAGAUAAUAAAGAAAUAUGAGGAAACAAA